AGAUGGCACUUCUUGCACUGCAUGCAGUGAUUGGGAUAUUUAUUUACUUUAGCAGUGUAAAAGGAUCUUCCCAGCCUCAAGCAAGGGUGUUUUUAACAUUCAAUGAGCUGCAAGAGACUAAGACCUCUGAAUAUCACAGAAUAUCACACAGUCCUCUGGAUUACAGGAUAUUAUUAAUGGAUGAAGAUCAGGAUCGGAUCUAUGUGGGCAGCAAAGAUCACAUUCUGUCUUUGAAUAUCAACAAUAUAAGCCAAGACCCUCUUAGUAUUUUCUGGCCAGCAUCAGCAAACAAAGUUGAAGAGUGCAAAAUGGCUGGCAAAGAUCCUACACAUGGCUGUGGAAAUUUUGUGCGAGUGAUACAGUCAUACAAUCGCACACACCUGUACGUCUGUGGAAGUGGAGCCUUCAGCCCAGUGUGUGUGUAUGUCAACAGGGGACGCAGGUCUGAGGAACAAAUCUUCAAGAUUGACUCGAAGUGUGAAUCAGGGAAGGGACGCUGCUCUUUCAACCCAAAUGUGAACACAGUGUCUGUUAUGAUCAAUGAAGAGCUUUUUUCAGGAAUGUAUAUUGAUUUCAUGGGGACGGAUGCAGCCAUUUUUCGAAGCCUGACCAAGCGGAACGCCGUGAGAACUGACCAGCACAACUCCAAGUGGCUGAGUGAGCCUAUUUUUGUAGAUGCUCAUGUUAUACCAGAUGGCACUGACCCCAAUGAUGCCAAAAUCUACUUCUUCUUCAAAGAAAGACUGACAGACAACAGUGGCAGCACCAAGCAAAUUCACUCAAUGAUUGCAAGAAUAUGCCCAAAUGAUACAGGUGGUCAGCGUAGUCUUGUGAACAAAUGGACUACAUUCUUGAAAGCAAGACUGGUGUGCUCAGUAAUGGAUGAAGACGGAACAGAAACGUACUUUGAUGAAUUAGAGGAUGUGUUUCUUUUGGAGACAGAUAACCCCAGAACAACACUUGUGUAUGGAAUUUUUACAACAUCAAGCUCCAUUUUUAAAGGCUCAGCUGUGUGUGUGUAUCAUUUAUCUGACAUCCAGACUGUGUUUAAUGGGCCAUUUGCACACAAGGAGGGCCCAAACCAUCAGCUGAUUCCAUAUCAGGGCAGAAUUCCGUACCCGCGACCUGGCACUUGUCCAGGAGGAGCCUUCACACCAAAUAUGCGGACAACCAAAGAGUUUCCAGAUGAUGUUGUGACCUUCAUUAGAAAUCAUCCUUUGAUGUAUAAUCCCAUUUACCCAAUACAUAAGAGGCCAUUAAUCAUCCGGAUAGGAACAGACUACAAGUAUACAAAGAUUGCUGUGGACCGAGUGAAUGCUGCUGAUGGAAGAUACCAUGUCUUGUUUCUUGGAACAGAUCAAGGAACUGUACAAAAAGUUGUUGUCUUACCCACCAACUUCUCUGCAAGUGGAGAACUCAUUUUAGAAGAGCUGGAGGUUUUUCAGAGUAAUUCUCCUAUAACAACAAUGAAGAUUUCAUCUAAAAAGCAACAGCUGUAUGUGAGCUCAGAGGAAGGGGUCACACAGGUCCCCCUCCACCGCUGCCACAUCUAUGGGACUGCCUGUGCUGACUGCUGCCUCGCCCGGGACCCAUACUGUGCCUGGGAUGGCAACUCCUGCUCCAGGUUCUAUCCCACAGGGAAAAGGAGGAGUCGUAGGCAAGACGUGAGACAUGGAAACCCUCUGACUCAGUGCCGAGGUUUCAACCUGAAAGCAUACAGAAAUGCAGCAGAAACAGUCCAAUAUGGAGUAAAAAACAACACCACCUUUCUUGAAUGUACACCUAAAUCUCCUCAGGCUUCUAUUAAAUGGCUGCUACAGAAAGAUAAUGACAGGAGGAAAGAGGUUAAGCUGAAUGAGAGGAUCAUAGCUACUGAGCAAGGACUUCUCAUUCGCUCUGUCCAAGACAGUGAUCGGGGGCUUUAUCACUGCAUCGCAACAGAGAACAAUUUCAAGCAGACCUUAGCAAAGAUCAAUUUCAAAGUGCUGGAUACAGAGAUGGUGGCCUACAUGACUGACAAGUGGUCCCCGUGGACCUGGGCCAGCUCGGUGCGAGCCCUGCAAUUCCACCCAAAGGACUUUGUGGGAACUUUCAGUCACUCUGAAAUGCAGAUGAUCAACCAAUACUGCAAAGACAGUAGACAUCAAGGCCAGCGGAGGGAAGAACCCCAGAAGAUGAGAGGGGACUACAGCAAAUUAAAGGCCCUUAUCAAUAGCAGGAAAAGUAGAAAUAGAAGAAAUCAGUUACCUGGUUCUUAAUUUCACAGCAGGAGAUAUGUUUGUCCUUACUGUAGAGGGCUUAUAUUUGUCUGUUGAGAACAAAGUUGUGCAAAUACGGUGAAAAAUUAGAUGAAAUUGCAACAAGCCUCAGAAAAGAUCCUCCUCCAAAUAAAAUGCAGUGUAACUCAACUCAAGAAAAGAUGUGGAGCAUUUUCAGUCCUAGAUGCUUACUGGCACUAGGUUAGGCUAUGUCAUGGAAACAAAAAUGAGUGUUCUUAAACCAGAUUCCUAUUUAGUAUCUCAAUAUUUAAUUACAGUUCAACAGAAAUUGUUAGAAACUCAGUGCAGUAUCUUGCAACUCUGGAUCUGUGCCAGACUGGUGAUGGAAGAAUCUGGAUUAAGAUGCACACCCCAAAAAGGACGGUACUAAAAUUUCUUUGCACUGCAUUUGUGAACACGAGUUUCUACUUGUUUACUAAUUGAUACUGGGUUUACAGCUUUCACUCAUUGUUCAAAUCAUGUAAGUACGUGCAGAUAAAGUGCAGAUAAAGUGUCGUAGAAAUGUGUCAUUCAUUCAGAGGUCAAAUGAAGGAAUGAGUAGAAGAAAAAAUUAUGUUUUUAUACAUUGUCAGAGGAAACACUGAUUAUUGUGCAUAGUAUGAGUUGUAAUAAAUUAAUGAGUUCUGGAAUGUAACUUAAAAUAUCUCUGCUCAUAUUGAUUUUUUAUUAAUAUACGAUGUUCUAUAACACUACAUAGCUUUAUGAGUGGUACAGUGCUAACAUGAGAAUGUUCAUUAUAUGUACAAUUUUGAAAAGCACCUAAGUGACUUGGGUAUUUAAGCUGUUUUCAAAGAAUUACACUCCUUUGGUUUGAUUUUCAAAAGACAGAAUGUGCAGGGUGUCAAUUCAAAAAAAUUAUUUAAUCUAUUCCAUAGUUAAAUUGAGGUUAGCCUGCAAUAUAGAAACAAAUUAUGAACAACUUUGACAAUUUUAAAACUUAUGUUUUCAGCUUCUCAACACAGAAAAUGUUAUCUAGAUUUUUUAAAUGUUUUCACAAUUUCUUCCUCUGUUCUGUUUUUCUGCUGUAAAGAAUAUAUAUAUUAAAAAAAAAAUGGAAAAUGAUAAGAAACAGAGAAAAACAAUAUUUAAAAAACGGAUUAGGGUCAAAAAAAGAGAAAGUGUAAUAACAUUUUGAGAGAUACAUUUAAACAGAAAUAUUUUUGUUCAAGAAGAAGCUGUCAGGCCUAAUGAAGUUCAUCAUAUUGCUAAUUGAUUGCAUGUGCAUCAAGCUAUCCUGGUAAAAACAAUCACCCUUUUUUUUUUUUUUUUUUUUUUUUUUGAGCAAUGCCGAUACCAAAAAAUAGGGACAGGUGUUCUUUAUUUUACUUUCUAAGAGUGUUUCAGAAUCCACUGAAUCUCUUCAGAGGAAACAGACACCAGGAAUUUAAAAUGUGGAAGUAACUUAGACAAAAUAUGUUUUAUUUUAAUGGAGUUAACUCUGUUACUGAGAUGAUACCAUAGUUCUUUAUGUCGUAUAAUUGCCACCUGGGACAGGAUAGCUGGGAAAUGGAUCCUGAUUUGUUAAGCCUCUUAAACACUCUCCCUUAAGACCCUUUGAUGCUGAUGGGAGCUCUUGGACUUUGGUUUAUGUGCUUAAUGCUUAUUUCAAAGGGGAUGGCAAUGCCUGCCUGUUCAUAUACUACUGUGUAGCUGAGUGCUUUUCUUUAUCAAGGCCUAAAUGCACGUUUCUGUAGCAUGCAGACACUGGUAUCUGGGGUUCUUCUUAUGGAAACCAGUGAGUAGAAUGUCUCUUUGACUUCUGCAAGCUUGAAUCUGGCCCCAAGAGCUAGAGAAUUAAAAGAAAAAUAAUAAAAAUAAAAAUAAUAAUUAAAAAAUAAAAAAUAAUUAAAAAAUAAAAGGAGAUGGGUAAGAGGUAAGAAGAUUUUCUUUUCCCAGCUGACUUUCAGUGGAGCAAACUGGUUUUUAUUUGUUUGCUGUUUUUUGUUUUUGUUUGUUUGUUUUUUGUUUUUUUUUUUCCCUGAGGACAACUGACUUCUGGAGUGUAUAACUUACAAACCAAAAACUGAGUGCCACAAAAUGAAACUACCUCCUGGAAUUACAUUAGUGCAUAUGCUCUCUGUGCUGCCAUGCUCUUCCUAUCUCCUAUUCACUGCAGAGUUAGUGUGAUCUUAGCAUCUAUUGUGAGGAUCAUAAUUGCUUCCUCAUGGAACACAGUGAUUAAUAAGUAUUUAAGGCUACAAUUUAGCCUUUAAGCGGUUAGGUACAGUGAUGUUUUAACAGGCCUCCAUUAGGCCUCAAAAAUUAUAGUUACACUGUUUUCUAAUAGAAUAUUGGCAAUAAGGGAUUCCGUUAAAACAAUCAGCAUAGCUCACAGUUUUGUGUGAUUAUAAAAUAAUAUUUUUAAAGCUGCUUCAUAUACCAUUAUUAUGGUAUGACUGUUUAAGGGAUUAUACUUAAACUAACAUUUUUCCUGCUGCAUGAAAACUUCAGCAUAUAUAUAAUAAGCUUGUCAGUGCAUAAGCGGUCCAAGCUUCCACGCUUUAGCAGCCUUCCCCUGUGUGUAGAGUAGUCAGGAGCCAGAUGCGCAGCUGGUAUAAACUGAUGGAACUUCCUUGCUGUUCAUUUAGCUACUGUGCAUUCUGCCAUCUGAGUGGCCCUAAAUGUACAGAAUACAUGAACUGCAAUUAUCCUUUGUUUCAAGUAGCCCCUCUACUGUAGGCGACACCAAAAGUUAGGACUGUAAUAUUGUUUGUGCUAUUUAAUACUUCCUAUUUUGAGGAUUACUAAAUAAUGUAUAUAAUUUUAUUUCUUAAAAAAUACAAAAGCAAAAAGACUUCUAGGCAUAACUUCACCAAAUGUAAAGAUAUGUUCUCUGCUAAGAACUUCACAGUGUACUGAUAUUUUCAGGCAAUUUUUAUUUUGUGUAGUUUGUAAAGUUCGCUGAAAUCUUGACCUAACGAUGUGUUCUUUGCAACUGUUGUUACUGUAGAUAUGCGUGUUUUAUUAAGAAAAUCCUGUUUUUAAAAGUGUAGGUAUGUGUAUAAGUUUCUAGCACGAUGAAACUGUCAUUACAGUGAAUAUGCAUUAUAUGGUGUGUAAGAAAGAACAAAAUGUAGUUUAAAAUAGUAUUAUUUAAUUAAAUAUCUAAAAUACUAUUUGCCUGACAAAAUAAAGUGUGUUGCAACAUUU